AUGCAUGCCAUCAAGACUUGCGCCUCUACGGCGAUGCGACAUGCAUCCCGUAGAGGUUAUGCUUCUGUUUCCUCGGGCUCAGCUUACAGUCAGAGUAUCCCAAACUUGAGAAUCAACUCGGAGACAAAGGUCAUCUUCCAGGGGUUCACAGGUUUCACGCACAACAAGCAAUCGAAUAUGGAACGAAAGUUGUCGGAGGGUAGGUGGCAGGGAAUCAAAAGAUACGAAUUCUACAGGCUCACAAUUCUCAGAACAAAUCCCAAGAAAGCUGGUUCUUCCCACCUCUCUCUUCCCGUGUUCAAGAACGUCAGUGAUGCAGUCAAGGAGACGGGUGCUGAUGCAACGGCAAUCUUUGUUCCUCCACCGCUAGCUGCUGCUGGUAUUGAAGAAGCCAUUGCAGCCGAGAUCCCUCUUGUAGUCUGCAUCACCGAAGGCAUGUGCUGCAUGGUUCCUUUGUGGAGUGAGUCUGUUCUAAUAUUACUAGGUAUUCCCCAACACGACAUGAUUCGAGUGACGAAUAUCCUCAAGACCCAAAGCAAAACUCGUCUGGUCGGACCUAAUUGUCCUGGUAUCAUUGCUCCCGGUCAAUGCAAGAUUGGUAUCAUGCCCGGAUUCAUCCACAAGCGAGGACGCGUUGGUAUUGUUUCACGAUCCGGUACUUUGACAUACGAGGCGGUUAAUCAAACCACGCAAGCUGGCCUUGGCCAGUCCUUGGUUAUUGGAAUUGGAGGUGACCCCUUUGCUGGAACCAAUUUUAUCGACUCCCUACAGGUUUUCCUUGCCGAUGAAGAGACUGAAGGUAUCAUCAUGAUUGGUGAAAUCGGUGGCAGUGCUGAGGAGGAUGCAGCGGACUUCCUGAAGAGCGAAAACAAGAAGAACAAGCCUGUUGUGAGCUUUAUUGCCGGCAUCAGUGCUCCUCCUGGACGAAGAAUGGGUCAUGCAGGUGCAAUUGUCAGUGGCGGCAAGGGUGGUGCCGACUCCAAGAUCUCGGCCCUGGAAGCUGCUGGCGUUGUUGUUCAACGGAGUCCAGCAUUGUUGGGCAAGUCACUGCACGAGCAAUUCGUAGCCCGUGAUUUGCUAUAG